GGACGUCACCUCAUUUUUAGCCUUCAAACGCUUAAGUCUUAAUUCACAAACUUUUAUUAUAAUGUUCCACCUCCGGCCUGAAGGUGUCACUCUUCUCAUUACGGUCGGUGAAGCAAUCCCAAUUCAAUAGGCGAGCAAGAUGGCGUCCGGUAGCGGGUCCAGUAAACAUGACUUUCGUCGCAAAUGGGACAAAGAGGAGUACGAGACCAUGGCGCAGAAACGCCUGGAAGAGGAACGAGAGCGCGACAGACGAGAGAGAGAAGGCAAACCUGCUCAACCGCCAGUCAAACGGGAACAUUUGCGUCACCGUGACUACAAAGUGGACCUGGAGUCCAAACUUGGUAAAACCAUCAUCAUUACCAAGACGACGCCACAGGCAGAAAUGGGCGGCUACUACUGUAAUGUCUGCGACUGUGUGGUGAAAGACUCCAUCAACUUCCUCGACCACAUCAACGGCAAGAAACACCAGAGGAACCUGGGCAUGUCCAUGAGAGUGGAGCGGUCGACUCUGGACCAGGUGAAGAAACGUUUUGAGGUGAACAAGAAGAAGAUGGAGGAGAAACAGAAAGAGUAUGACUUUGAGGAGAGGAUGAAGGAGCUGCGGGAGGAGGAAGAAAAGGCCAAAGCCUACAAGAAGGAGAAGCAGCGGAAGCGAAAGCGACAAGCGGAAGACGACGGCGACGAUGACCUGGACGACGAUGAGAUGGCUGCGGUGAUGGGGUUCUCCAGGUUCGGCGCGUCGAAGAAGAACGCCUGAUGUGUGAAGGCUGGUCCUGGAGGGGUGACGGGGUGGAGUCCACUCCAAGUAGCUCCAUGCUACUUUUAAAAUGUACAAAACAGUCAGCUAUUUAAAACAUUUCCUGUCGAGCUGCUCAUGUCUUUAUUUUCAUACUCAGCCACAUUUUUACUUUCUGUUUGUUUUA